CGACAACAUAAAGUGUCCCCUGUCGGUCGCUCAGUUGGUUGUGGUUUUUGCAACUUCACCACCAGAUUGCGCCACGAAAUUACAGAAAUUACAUACUGGGGCUUUAAUGUUAGCUUGUUGGGCUAAUGAGUGCACGCAGACAGCUAGCAUAGUGGACAUGCCUUCAGGUCAGGAACUUUAGACCAGGUCCAGAUCUUAAACCACUACAGUUGGACCGGUUGGGACCAGAUCACCUCAGACAAACCAGAGACUCUCAGAUGUGAAGAUAAAGAGUUUAUUCUUUGUGAAAAUUCUUUAAGAAAAAAAGGAAACGUCCACUUUUUUUUUUCACACCUGAGAUAUUCAAACCACUACUAGCGACAGAAUAUAGGUUUCAUAAAUAUUUUGUUUUAAAUAGUUUUUAAAAUCUUCUCUGGAAUAAUCCAGCCCAGAUUAAACACGUCUUUAGUUGUGCUCUUUGACCUGGACCUGGUCUGAGUACUGAGAAAGGUCUGGUCUGGUCUGUUCUACUGUGGAUGUGGGGAAAUUAUGAUUCUCCAAUUUCUUUGUGUUAUUUGAAACUGUGUUAGCUCGUCUAGAAUAAUCUAGUCCAGAUUAAUCAAAUCUAAUCUACAGAAGUGUUUUUUGACAUUGAAUUUUUUGACAGAUUUUUUUUUGAUGAUUUUUUUAUGGUGAUUUUUUUACACAGAAUUUUUUAAAUAGAAUUUUUGAUGAUUUUUUUGUUUACUGUAAAUGUGGGGCUAUGAUGGCUUUCCGUUAUUUAAAAAAAUAUGUAUUAUUUGAAAGUGUUAACUGCUGUGGAAUAAUCUCUAGUCCAGAGUUAACAAGUCGAAUGUACAGCAGCGUUUGAUCUGGACCUGGUCAGAUAUAAUCCAGUGAACGCUUCAUAAACUUUCUUAAACUAUAUAACAUUUAUUCUAAACAGCUGAUUAGAGCUGUUUUCUUUCAGUUGAUGAUAUUAAUGCUUGUUUAUCUCAGUUUUUUACCCUUUCCAUGUUAAAACAUGUAGUUUUAUUUUGAAAAUCCUGACUAGACGUGUGACGAGUCUCACCUGCAGCAGUUGCUGCUCAGGAAAUGAACGUGGCCUCACGUGGCCACACGGUGGCGCCGUUGAGCAGCUGUAGUUGAUCUCAGCAUGUGUUGCUGCUGGACUCUGGAUCUGAUUGGUCCAUGUGCGUAAAACUCUCCUCACCCUCCGUGUUGUGGUGCGUGUUGGCUCAGUCCGGUUCUCUGCAGUGACGCCUCGUGAGGUUUGAUGGAUAAACGUUCGGUUUGUGCGUAAAGUGAUUUCUAGAGUUUGAUCAUGUCCAGCGACCUGUUGGUGAAAACUCUGGAGGACUUGAGUCUGGAUCCGGGCUAUGUGGCCGGGGACCCGUGCUCGUCCCUCAGCCUGUCCUCCUCCGGCAGGUCGGGGCGGUCUCAGCCGCAGGCCGGCUCUGCUCCGCGGGGAGCCUGGUGGCAGCGCGCCGGCAGCUGGGACACGGUGAGCACGCUGCCGGAGGACGCGGCGGCGGACGUCCUGGCCAAGUGUCCCCGCCUGCCGGAGCUGGAGGAGUACCCCUGGACCGAGCAGGAGCUGCGGGAAGUCGUGCGUAAAGUCGCCGGUUCGUCGUUCACCGGCGAGGCUGUGCGCCGGCUGUCCGUGCUGCUGCGCCGGGCUCUGCUGCGCGUCUCCAGGGAGGCGCAGCGGCUGAGCGAGCUCCACAGACGGUGCACGCGCCUGGAGGUGCAGAGCGCCGCGCGCCUGGUGCUCAGCUGCGCUCUGGCCGAGCGGUGCGUCUCCUCCGCGGUGCGCGCCGUGUCCCUGCACUGCAUGAGCUCCGGGGACCCCGCGCGUCAGCGGGCCAGGUCGGCGCGCUGCGGCCUCACGCUGUCCGCGGGCCGCUUCUUCAGGUGGAUGGUGGAGACGCGCGUGUCGGUGCGCGUGCACGAGUACGCCGCCGUGUGCCUGACGGCCUGUCUGGAGACCCUGGCCGGGGAGGUGGCCGCGAGGGCGCUGGAGGCGGCGAGGCUGCCCGCGGAGGACGAGGGGGCGCCGGGGGUCACCGGCGGGGUCACCGCGCAGCUGCUGCAGGGAACCGUGAACCGCGACCCGCAGCUGUGGGGGCUGCUGCAGCCGUACGAGCACCUGGUCUGCGGCAGGACGGUGCACGGUGAGCUGUCACUGCCGGCCCACGUCAGCCCGUACACAAAGGCUCCCGAGGACCCGCCGGAGAGCAGGGAGGACGCUUACAUUCAGCUGGAGCUGCGAACGCUGGAACAGGCUCUGCUGACGACUGGCGUGGGCAGCAUCUCCGAGCUCAGUGACCUCGUGUCCCGAGCGAUGCAUCACAUGCAGCGUCUGCGCAGCUCCAGUCCGAGCGCGAGUCUCGCUCGCUCGGCCAAUCAGCCGCCGGCGGCGUCCUGGGCCCCGGACGCCCUUCGGACGCUCUACUACUUCCUGUCCAGCCCUCACAUGGAGUCACUGGAGGAUCCCGACCUGGAGCCGCCGAGCACGACGCUGACCAGAGAGAGGCCGUUCCUGCUGCUGCCUCCGCUCAUGGACUGGAUCCGAGUCGCCGUGGUUCACGCCGAACAUCGCCGCAGCCGAUUGGUCGACAGCGACGACGUCAGGCAGACGGCCAGACAACUACUUCCUGGUCUGGACUGUGAGCCGAGGCAGCUGAGGUCCGAAUGCUGCCUCCAGUCGUUCAGGUGUCUGGAUGCGGACGCCGCCUCAGCGAGGUUCCGACUCGGUCUGGGCUUCAGGAUGCUGUCGAGCGGCCGAGCGGACCUGGUGCGUCAGGCUGCGCGGCUGCUGGGGGCGGAGGGCGUGAACGCCAUGGACGACCAGGGGAUGACUCCUCUGAUGUCGGCCUCUGCAGCGGGAGACGAAGCUCUGGUGCAGAUGCUCAUUGAAGCCGGAGCUGAUCUGGACCUGCAGGUCCCGGGCUGCUCCGUCAGACACCCGUCUGUUCACCCUGGCAGCCGCCACUGGGUGGCGCUGACGUUCGCCGUGCUGCACAGUCACCUGUCCGUGGCUCAGCUGCUGCUGGAGGCCGGAGCGGACGUGGAGGGCGGCGUCCUGGACGACCACGAAAGCUCGGCUGAGACGCCGCUGCAGUUAGCUGCUGCUGCAGGUCACUACGAGAUGGUGAGUCUGCUGCUCGCCCACGGGGCCGACCCUCUGCUCAGAGUGCAUCAUGGGAACCCACUGACCUCGCCGCUGUACGAAGACAUGAACUGCUUCAGCUACGCCGCGGCACACGGACACAGGAACGUUCUCAGGAGGCUGCUGCUGCAGCCGCAGGACAGGAAGGAGGACAUCCUGUCCCUGGAGGAGAUCCUGGCUGAGGGGGUGGAGGAGGACGAGGAGGACGCGGUGAAGACUCCCGACUCCUCCGGCCCUGUUCCCCGACUCUGUAAAGCCCGGAUGAAGGCUCUGCAGCAGGCGGCGUACUACAGCGCUGAGCACGGUUACCUGGACGUCACCAUGGAGCUCAGGGAGAUGGGCGUCUCCUGGAGGCUCCACGUCUGGCUGGAGUCUCUCCGCCGGGCUCGGCAGCUGAGCCGGGACGAAGUCGCCGUCUCCCUCCUCACGGAGUUUCCCUCCAUCGGGACGGACGACUACGGCCCCGAGCUGCUCUACUCUGGAAUCCCGCUCAUGUUCAGCAUGUUGGAGACCAGCAAGGAUUACGUGAUCACCAAGCGGCUGGCGUCCGUGUUCUCUCACUGUUACGGCUCCUCCCCCGUCCCUCCCGUCCCGCCCAUGGACGUCACCCUGUCCACUCAGCUAGACGCUCACUUCCUCAACAACCGGGAGAUGUCCGACGUGACGUUCGUGGUGGACGGGCGUCCGUUCUUCGCUCACCGGGUUCUGCUGAUGUCGACGUCUGAACGAUUUCGCCGGCUGCUCAGCGACGCCUCUGACAUCAUCCACAUCAGUCACAUGACCUACGACACCUUCCAGAUGAUGAUGACGUCUCUGUACUGUGGAGGAACCGAGGGACUGACGCUCUCACGGGAUGAAGCCGCCGAGCUGCUUCCCGUGGCCACGUUCUUCCAGCUCCGAGGUCUUCAGAGGAGCUGCGAGGCGACGCUGUCUCACAGUCUGACGCUGGACAACGUCGUCGACAUCUACCAGACCGCCACGCACCACGGAGCGGAUGAACUCUGCAGGUUCUGUGAAGGGUUCUUCCUGCAGCACAUGGACCGGCUCCUGGACCGGGACGACUUCCACCGCCUGCUGCUGGGCGGCGUCGGCCGGGAGCUGCUGCUCUGCCCGGCGACGAGCUUCCAGGACCAGGACCAGGACCUGGACCAGGACGACGUGGUGCCGGUUCUGCUGAGGGACCUGGAGGCGGCGCUGAUCCACCGGCUGUACGACCUUCACCGGGCCUGUCGAGAGUAGCGGCAGCCACACCGCUACGUGUGUUCGGGACAAAGCUCGAUCACGUCGCUGUAGACGAACAACGGACUGUAAAUA